AUGAGCAGCGAUUCUCCCUAUUUACUCCCUGUUUCUUCCGUAAAAAAGGAUAGUGAACGCCUUUACAAGUUCACUAUUCUCACUCCGCAUACCUUCCUCCCCCCAGACCAUCCCGAGAAUUUUGAAGAUGACCUCGCGAACGAAUUUGCUAAAUAUCUCUGUAAGAGAGUUCGUGAACUCCUUGGAUCAAGAUCAUAUAUUCCACAAAGGAGUGGAGAAGCUUUCUUGAAUAUGAGGUUUGAUGAAUUUGAGGAGAAGUUCUUGAGACACUCGGAAUAUGCCAUUUUCAUCACCUCAGGGAAAAAUGCAGCUUCAUUGGAUAUCAUCUACCCUCGAAUGCUGGUGUUUCUAACCAUUCGACCAACAUGGAGAAGUCGAGGAAUGGUGGUCUACUUGGGACCCCCUGAGGGACAAAAAGUGUUUGAUCCAAACCUCUUCCUCACAAAGCCUCUCCUCUUCCCACUCAGUCCUGAUGACUGGAUCUCAGCAGAAGAUCAAUGGGAAACACUUUUUGGAAGACUACAGAGUGAGUACUAA